AUGAGUAGCAGUGUUAUUAAUGAUAAUAGUAUUUCCGAUGAAGGAGAAGAGUCAAGACUUAAGGGGCUUUCAAUAGAAGAAAACUAUAUUGAGCACCAAGAACAACAUUUUACUGAGGAAGAAAAAAUCCAACUUGAUAGGAUUUAUAUGAAACUCGACUUUCGUAUUAUACCGGCAUUAUGGUGCUUAUAUUUCCUAACCUCAUUUGGAUCCAGUUGCUAUGGCUUAACUUUAACUAUGAAUUCUGAAAAUGGACACUCGUUGAUCCAAUCUUUGCAUCUUACGUCCAAGCACACAUCUACUGCAUCAGCAUUAUACUAUGUUGGUUAUAUUAUAUUUGAUGUUCCCAUGAACUUGAUUAUGACUAAAGUAAGUCCGCAAUCAUGGUUAGCUAGAAUUGUUAUGACUGUAGGGUUGGUCUAUACUUGUUAUAGUGCAGUUCAAAAAGCAGGAGCAUUGAUUGCUUUGCGGCUUAUUAGUGGUGUAGUUGGCGCAGGAACCUGGCCAGGUAUGAGUUAUUAUAUAUCAUUAUGGUAUCCCAAUGAUAGAUCAACUAGAAGAAUUGGGUAUUACUUUACGGCGGCACAAAUCUCGGCAGCUGUUGCUGGUUUGGUGAGUGCUGGUUUCCAAAAAAUUGAUGGAAAUAGAGGCUAUUAUGGGUGGCAAUGGAUGUAUAUGUGUUAUGGAGUUAUUACCAUAACCGUGGGGAUUUCGUUACUUUGGUGGUUACCCGAUCGGCCCUUUAAACUUGAUAUGUAUAAUGGUGAUGGUGAUGGUGGUGAUGGUGAUGGUAAAAGGGGCAAGUUGAAGAAGUAUUACAAUAAAAUUUUCACGCCAAACCAUCCAUUACAUCAAGAGGAUAAGGCUUUACAUAAGAGAGAUUUGGAACAUCGGUAUAAACUACUUGUAUGGGGUUGGAGAGACAUUGUUGCAAUAAUUAGAGAUUUGAGAACUUGGCCUUUGGUUAUUAUGUAUUUUGGAGUAGUUGGUACUGGCUUUGGCUUGGCGGUAUUUGGAUCAACAAUUAUCAAGACAAACAAUCCAAGUUUGACUUCGAUUCAAGUCUCCUUGUUGUAUGCGCCAAUUUGGCUUUUUGAUUUAGCGGGUAUAUUAGUAAUUACACCAUUUGCUGAUAAGUUCAAGAGAAUUAGACCAUUUAUAUUUAGUGGUGCAUGUGUUAUCAUUAUAGUUGGAAUGAUUGUGACUACGUUUGCAAAAGACUCUUGGGCGAAAUAUGGUGGAUUGUUGAUUGCUGGAUUUGGACUUGGUCCAACUGUGCCGAUUUGUAUGUCAUGGUCAGCGGAAAUUUUCCAGCCCGAAUAUGGCGAUGUUGGCACUGCAGUUAGUGCAGCAUUAGUUAGUGGGUUGGGUAAUUUGGGUUCAGUUACAGCAACAUAUGCCUUGUAUAGUGGUUGGCCAGCUGAUAAGGCGAGAUUGUAUCGUAAUUCGAAUAUGAUGUUGGUGUUGAUGUUGGGAGUUAGUAUUGUGGCAUCGGGGCGAAAUAGUGACGAUAACGACACUCUGCUCGAUAGUGACGAUAACGACACUCUGCUCGAUAGUGACACUCUGCUUGAUAGUGACGAUAGUGACACUCUGCUUGAUAGUCGAGCCGGGAUAAUCGUCAAGUAUUCUUUGAGAAACCCGUUUGGGAGAAGAGAGAGACUUAUAUCACAUAGUGAUACUGAGAAACAACUACAUUAUACGGGGUUUUGGGGCGCUACAAUGGAGUCGAUCUCGUUGACAUUUACUCAUGAAGAUAAAUCCAAUCAUUCACUUUAUAAGUUGUGGAAGUUAACAAAUGAUCUACUGUAUAUAACGUGCAACAAGUUGUCAACUACAGAGAGGUUAAAUAACCGGUCAUGGAGACUUCUUAACCAGCGUAUAUUGAAGUUGAAAACUGAUCCCGCUCUUGUUUGUGAGGCCGAUUUAAACGAUUUGUUUAAAGAGAAUCCAAUAGUCUCGAAGCCAAAGCAAUCUCAGUAUAUGCGCAAUAGACCCUCCUUGUUUAGUCAUUCGUCAAAUCUAAGUGUUUAUCAUGCUAGAACGGGAACCACCGGUGGUGAUGUUGCUGGAUCGCAAUAUUUUUCAAAUUACAAUGAUUUAAUUUUCCAAAAUGGCACUGAGAAGGAGAAGGAGAAGGAGAAGGAGAAGGAGAAGGUAAAGGAGAAGGAGAAGGAAAAGGUAAAGGAAAAAAAAAAGGAGCUUGACCAGGAGCUUGAGAAGGAGCUUGAGAAGGAGCUUGACCAGGAGCUUGACCAGGAGCUUGACCAGGAGCUUGACCACCACGAUAACUGCUCAUCAGAUGCAUCGAAAUCAUCACAAAUGUCAAGCAAACAACAUUCAGAAACCAAUUUUCAAACAAAAACACUGCCAUUCAAAUCAAACAAAGAUCAAACGUCACCGCGGCAUCUCCAUCAAUAUCAUAAACCCGACCUAAUCAGGGAAACUAACUUAAACCGAGAGGUUUCAAUUAAGCAACAAUCUCCAUCUGAUCGUGUAUCAUCAAUCCAUUCAACAACUACUAAAUUAGAGCAACCAGAAAUACAGCGACAAAAUUCAUUAUUCAGCAAUUUCAUCCUCAAGGACAAAUCCACAGAGACAAAUGCAUCUAAUUCUGAGAAGCAGAUGAACAACUCAAUUUCAUUCAUAGUAGACGAUUCAUUGUCAAGUAUCCAUAGCGAAGUGGAAAAGAAGGAGAAUUCAAACGUGAAAAUGGAGGACAAUGAAAAGGAGGAAGAAGACAACAAACACAACAAAGACGACAUAGACUACAACGACGACAUAGACGACGAAGAAGAAGAUGACGACGACGACGACGACGAGGGUUACCUGUCGACAGAUAUAUCUGAAGACAGUGAUAUAGACGAUAUGGAAAACGAAGAACACGAAAAAUCCAUGGAAAAUGAAACUUGUGAACCACUAGAAAAAGAGGAUAAUGAGAGCGAGUGGGUAUCCGUCAGUUCUAGUUCACUCAAUUCAAGCACCCCUUCAAGUAAAAGGCAACCACUUUGUUUCCCAAAAGUUCAACCACCACUUUCUGCAGAUUCAAUAGGCUCAACCGAAACCAUGUCCUACAUAGAAAACAAUAGAACGCAUUCGACACCCAUAGCAGAGAAACCUAAAUCACUACUAUCUGGCUUGUUUUACAACGAGUCAAUGCAUUCGGUAUCGGCACCUGUUCCACCUUCAGACUCUGUGAAAAAGCCCAAAUUAAUAAGAUCAAGUACUACCGGGGUAACAACGAUUGAUUUAGAAACAAAACGCCCAUCAAUCAUAUUUAAUCAAAAGUAUCCGUCGUUAACCGAUAUCCCACAAUUGGUUAAAAGAACAAAUUCUCUUUUAGGUGCACAAUCAGCGGCAUCUUUUAGAGACCAUAAUCACCAAUACCAACACCACCAUCAAAUGAGCAACUUUUCCAAUGAAAUUCCACCGGAACUUCACAAGAAACAAACAAGUAUAGUAGGAAUAUCUGAUAUUAAUGUGUCCAAAGUCCCUAAAGACAAGGCUGCAACCGAUGAAGAGCACGAAUUAUUAUCUACUAGUUUGAACAAAUUAUCCCGAUCAAUGUCUCAACAUUCUUUGAUCAGCUUGAUUUCCAAAUCAUCUUUGAACUUGAGUCGACUUUACAUAUCUUCGAAAAACAAACAUAAGACCGAGCACACUGAAGAUGCAGAGGCUAAACACUAUAAUCAUAACGAGGCGAUUUCAAGAAAAGAACAACGAGAAGAAGAGCAUAUGCCACUGCAGCAACGUAUGUCGCCAAAUGAGCCUAUUCACAAGCACUCACCAAGCUCAUUGACCUCUUCUUCGUCAAUUCUAAUACAUUCAGCAAAAUCAUCAAGUACACCACCGCCUCAUAUGGGACCUGUCCCUAAAAUAGUUACCACCGAUACAGAUUUGGAAAAGGACUUGUUUUCAAAUGAAGAGCUUAGUCUGUCACUAAAGGAAUCGCUAAUAAUUGAUAAUAAAUUGGGUAAAAUAGCAAUGCCCGACAAACUAUUAAUUAGAAAGAAUCCAGCUGAUGCAACUAUUGUCAUUGGAGAAGAAGAAGAUUAUGAUGAUUACUACGCUAAAGGUUGGUAA